UUAGCUCCCACAAACGGGAUUUCAAACUAAAGCGAAUCCCGAAUCCCAACGUUUAUCCUCUGGUGAGUGGCGGUGGGGGGGGAUUUUAUUUUGAAAGCUCAAACCUGAAGCGUUUUAGGGUUGUUUAGCGGUCGAGGUUUGGCUCUUACUACGCCUGGCUAAUAUUUUGUACGCUCGUAGGAAGAAAAAAAAAAAAAAAUGCGACUACAUAAAAGCAGAUUUUCUCGUUCGCGGAGCGGGAUUUGAACAUCCGGUUCGCACCUGGCGGCUAUGACUCCCACCACCCUGCGGGGGGAUGGCUCGGUGCCACGGUUGUAAUGCUUAAGCAGAGGCGCGGGGAUUUCCUCGCUUUCGCGUCGCCCUUUUGCUGCUUGCUUGUUUUUUGUAGGCGGGGAGUUGUUUUGCCACUUUUCACACGAGCGGGGGCCGCCGAGAGGUUGGGUCGCGGAAUGUCGGGAGCGUGUCGCCAGCGUGUGACCUGUGCAGGUUCCCCUUUGCCGUGAUUAGCUUGCUCGGUGUUGAAAGUCACGCCUGGAUCAGCUUUUUUUUCUAUUAUUACUAUUAAUAUUAUUUUUUUUGCUUUGCUUUGCCCGUCGCGUCUGAGCGCCUCUCGGUUUGGGGUUUGUCAACUCAUGCGCUUCUCGCUGGUCAAACCUGCUGCUUCAUCACCUCGUUGCGCGGAGGAGCGAGCGCCAGCCAGCGGUGUAGCCAGAUCAGAACAACCAGCAGUACAGGUGGAAGCUGCUCCUGUGGCAUGAAUACCAUAAACAAAGGAAACAAGGCCUUAAAGGUGGAGCACAAAAUGAAGGGACUCCCAAGGGUUACAAGUAUAACGUUUCAGUUCUCAGGAUGGUGAAGCGGGAGCCGGGGGAAAACGGCACCAGUCUAACGGACGAUGAGCUGGUCACCAUGUCGGUGCGCGAACUCAACCAGCAUCUACGGGGGCUCUCUAAAGAGGAGAUCCUGCAGCUGAAGCAGCGGCGGCGCACCCUGAAGAACCGCGGCUAUGCCGCCAGCUGCCGGGUGAAGCGCGUCACCCAGAAGGAGGAGCUGGAGAAACAAAAGGCCCAGCUGCAACAGGAAGUGGACAAGCUGGUGACGGAGAACGCCAGCAUGAAGGUGGAGCUGGACGCUCUGCGCUCAAAGUACGAAGCCCUCCAGAGCUUUGCCAGGACUGUGGCCCGCAGCCCCGUGACUACAGGAAGGGGAUCCAUGGCCUCUGUGAUAGGGCCCCUCAUCCCUGGUAAAGUAGCUGCCACCAGCGUCAUCACCAUCGUCAAAUCCAAAACGGAGGCCAGGUCGUAGUAGCAGAACGGGCAGAGCGAAGAUGUUCGCCCUCUAAGCUUGUCAGUGCAUUUUAACAUGGUGCAGGGUCCGCUCAUAAAAUGCUUCCUAAUUCACCCUUAGCAAUGCAACUCAGCAGUCUUCUCCUUUCUUCAAGUCUGAAGAAAGUCUCACAGGUGGUCACUACCUGAAAAAAGAAGCGACCCUCUUUGUUUCCCUUCAGUUUCAUGACACUGACUCAGACAAAUCUUACAAUUUAAGGCCCUCUUGCUUGUUAUUCUGCACUGACUUGAACGAGGAUCAAUAAUAAAAGGUCACACUCUUGGCCUUAGUACUACGGAAGUCUUCAAAACAACUUAACUAACCCAAAACUAGCAAUUUAAGUCCAAAUCGUGAUAUUUGUUUUUUGUUUUGGUGUUAGGUGUCUCUCAGUGAUAAUAGGCAUAAAACCGUGCUGACAAAACCUAGCGUUCAUUUCCGUUUAUGCAUCCGUGAAAGGCUUCAGUGAAGUUUUCAUUAUCGACAUGACUGGUAGAUGCAAUAAUAUAUGUAUGCACUGAAAACACACACAUUGUGGGGGUGGAAAAAAGGAGAUCUUGCGUAUUUAUCUUAGCGAUAUCGUUCCAGAGCUGAGUGCCAUUCCAAUAUGACAAGAUUGCGCUACAAUAUCCGAAAACCUGAAUGUUAUUACAGUAAUACCCUCAUGAUUUGUGAGGACACUCAUUUUGGUCAUAGAGAAAAUACGUAAUUUUCUUUAAAAGAUAUCUAUAUAUAAAUAUAUAUAUAUAAAUAUAUAUUGCAUUUUUUGUAACUACUUCUUAACAUGUCCGUCAGAUAUUUCCAAAAGAAAGUCUUUACACAAGCUUUACUGUUUGAAUCGUUAAAGUGUAGGAAACUUUUGUCUAUCGCUGAGUUCUCGGUUUUUAUUACUUGGGUAGAUCAAACUCCAUUUGUUUAUAGAAAUACAGAAAAAGAAAACUCGUCAAAAAAAAAAAAAAGAACUUAAAAAUAAAUAAAUCCUGUGACAUCUCUUUUUGCAAUUGUACCGAAAGUGGCUUAUUAUUGAAGUCUGAUAGCUUUUUUUUCUAGUGACUAGGCGCGUACAGUGGGGUAGCGCGUGACGUGUAAGUGUAAGUGGCAAGGUGGCGGUGUUGUUCACUGUAUAGAUGUCAACGCUGUGCUAUUUAAAAAAAAAUAAUAAUAAUACAAAUUUGUAGAGCUAAACUAGGUGGUGUGAACAAGGUCAGUUUGUCUGUGUGCGUAUUGGCAUCUGUGAUAUCCUCUGCUUUCUCGGUGUUAGUUACGAAUCAUAGCGUCAUCAAGGGUUUACGUCAGCGAGCAGCGUAAGGCAGAUAUCAGUGAAAUAGCCGGCGAACCUAAACUGAGCUGAAACUGAAGCGAAAUAUAUGCUGUAGCUGAUGUUGGAUACCUUUUAAAAUGCAUCCUCUGUGCACUGAAGUAAAAAAUAAAUAAAAUAAAAUCAGUAUUGGGAAGAUUUGAUUCGUUUUCCAGCCUUCAACCGGAUCCUAAAUCCAGUUUCAAUCAGAAAUGUACAUGCACUCAUCGUCGACAUGAAGGCCGUAUUAAUUGGGGGCUUUAAAUGUACUUUUUUUCCCUCCCUUUUAUAAUGUGAAUUAUUAUUCAUAUUCUGAUUGACGUUACACCAUACAACGUCAAUUAUUUAAGAAGGAGGGGUAUUUUCUGCAAUGGCCAUCGGAUCAAAAUUCUACAUCCAGGCCAAAUAUUGACAUGCUCCCCCCAGUGGUAUUUGGUCAACUGUCCCUUAAGCAAGUUGCAGAGAAACCACAUACUUUCUGCUGCUAACAGCCGGCUGCUGUCAUCAUCCUGGCUGACUGUUUACAGCCAUUCUUGGGUUAGUGUACAUUUCUCCGGUUUCUUUUCUUAAACAUGGUCAACACACUGUCGACCGCUCGGGAACUGCUUCGAUGCGGGUUUGAGGACAUUGACCUGUUGGAACGUCUGUGUUUAAGUCUCAACCACUAAGCUGCUGGUCUGAAACAGCUUUGAAUUUGAAGCCCCACCCCUUUUUUUUGUGCAGGGCAUCAGUGCUACCAGAAUCAAAACCGCCCCACAGCAUAAUACCGCCACUGCCAUGCUUGACAGUUGGCGUUUGAAAGCCUCGCCUCCAAUGCCUCACCAUUUGUGGCCAAAUAGCUCAACCUCGAUCCAUGACGACGUUUAAACUUGUUUCACUGUGAACCGUAGCGCUGGGGCUCCAGCGGCCUCCAGUUUACCAUCGGCUGGACCUCCGGCGGUUCCUGUGUCGUUCCUGGACCGCCGGGCCAAUUUCAUCCGAGGGCAAUGGUUUGGGGAAAGCGGUUGAGACGUCGACACGGUUGGGCGUUCCAACAGGACAGUGAUUCAAAGCACACCCUUGGACCCUGCGUGGAUAUAAAAAUCCCCAGUAAAUUUAAACCUCAGUACCCGAUUCUUGUUUUUGUUGCACAAUUAUCCUGGAAGAAGGCUGUUUUAAAUGCGGCAUUCAAAGCUCAGAAUUGAUAUGGUAUUCUUGUCCUUCAUGCAGAUGCACAAGUAGAACUGUAGCUCACAGUAUAUGCAGUUUCCUAAGUCGACAUCUGGAUCAUCCACCAAAUAAAGCGGCAUCUCUUCCGUAACUUUACCCGUUGGUCUUCAGAUUAAAAGUGGCAGGCCUCGGCCGAGGGUCCGUACGCGUGCACUAAGCUCCUGCUUGUUCUUGCUCGGAACAAAACGGGCCUCUAAAAAUAAAACAAACAGACCUAGAUGAGAAGCAAAGUGGCAGCAGGGAUGGCAGCUCUGUUUACUCCUCUUUUUUUUCUCUUUAUUUAGUUUUCUUGUCAUAAAGGGCUUCAAUCCACACGUAGAAAGAGACAGGGCAUGAACAUGUAGAGUUACAAUCAAGAGCAGCUGCCAGCAGCACCUCUCAACCCAACCCCCCCACCCCCCAAACUGUCGCACCGCCUGGUAAUGUUAAACGGCGAUCCGACGCUAAAGCAGCUGCACACCUGACGGCGGGCGCGGUCGUUUGACGCCAUUAACAGAACACGCUUCAUCCGGGAGGGGCGCUCUCACCGAGGCGUUUAAUCUCGCAGUCGCUCUCCAAACGGACAUCUCAGCAGGCCUCGGCAUCACAGAUCUGGGCGCACGUUCCUCCGUAUCCCCUCCUUGUCAACGUGCUCAGCUUUUCCCGCGGUGACGGGUUAACUGCGGGGGGGAAAAUGUAUUUGUGACUCUUGACAUAGCCCAGUAUUGAUGUUGGCGUCCUUAUUGCCGUGGCCGUCUUGUGGAGUUAAUCUUUUUUCGUGUCAAGUGUCUUUUUCAAAAAGGUGUUCAAGUGGCACUGUCAAGCAAUCUUUGGAUCUCCUCCUCGAAGGCGACGACUCUUUAUCACGCAUACUGGUGUAUAGUAUGUAGCUGCAGUAGGUACUGAUGACCGUUGUAAAAGAAAAAAUGUAAAAAAAAAAAAAAAGUGACCCUUAAUAUGCAACUCAGUGGAAAGAUGUUGGAGAGAUGUGAAUAAUUAGUAUUGUCAGAGUUGUUAGUAUGUUGUUUAAAACUUCUUGCUGCUUUGUUUUGGGAUGCGUUUUUUGUUUCGUUAAGUGUGUGUUGUUUUCCUGAGAAGUGUUAAAGCAUUUGGCCCUUGUGUACAUAAAGAAUUAUUAUUAUUUAUUUUUUAAAUCCCUGGUCCUCAAGAAACUCUGGCCAGCAGGUUUUAGAUGUUUCCCUACUUUAAUCACCCGGUUCAGAUGAUGGAGUUCAGCAGAAGGCUGUGAAUCAGCCGGCAUCGCUAUCCGUGGUGCUGAAGCUGGGGACCGUCUGUAACCUGGAGGACCAGGGAUGAAAAGCACUGGCCGACAGGAUCCCAGGGUUUCUCUGCUGUCUUCAAAUUGACUUUAAUCAUCUACCAGAUUUGGCCAAACUGGAUGUGGUUUAAAUGUCAAAUCAUUGAAGCUCAAGUUUUGAACUUCAGCAAAUUGCAUAAAAGUAUAAGAGAAACGUACAAACCGUGCUUUAAAGAAGCUGCAAUUAUUGUAGGAUAGUUUUGUCCAAAUCUGUCUGUUAUGGAAUCUAAAGUUGAGCUUAAUUAACUGGUUUUAAAAAAGAAAAAGUGACUUUUGCCACAUUGCUGAAUCAGAAGCAAACCUCAGUGUCAUGUUUUAUGAUUUGGUGAAUCUACAACUAAAACAAACAAACAAAAAAAAAAUAAGCAGAAAAUGUAAGGGAAUUUGUAUCUGGUCUAUAAAAGACAUGAAAAACUUGCCAGAUCGCCUCUCCCAGCACCAAACGGGAGUGUUCGGCUGUCGACUCUUAACUUGGCGGCGUUUAUUAAAUUGGGGGAUUGCAGUUUGCAGAUACAAGACAUCUUGGCAAUUUAUCCAUUUAUCAAAAGGGGAACCUCAACGCCCCCACCAAACACACUCUGUUGCUCCACUCACAGCAAAUAACCCUAACCAUUUUCAGAAGACAAAAAUCAGCCAUAUGUCAGGUCCAGUUUUUCUUUAAAAAAUUUUGUAUGGAGUUCUAAAAUAUAAUAAUAAAGCGCAGUAACCCUGGAAUCCAUAAAAUAUCCAGCCUUAGUCGGAUUGCAAAGACCCAGAUUCAACAUUGACAGGCUCCAAGACAAGCUGGACCUACAGAUGUUUGUAAUGUGGAUGCAGCUGUAGCCUCUGUCCCAAGGGCCUCAUGCAAAAAUCAAUGUUUUUGUGUUUUUUAUUGGUAUAUUUGUGAGUGUUAGUGUGUGUGUGUGUGUUCUCCUCUGCUGCUACACCAGUCAUUAAUGCUCCUCGUUUUCUGUUCUCAUUAUGUGGCGUAGUUCUAAUUGAUCUCAACACUGUAAUUUAUUCUGCAGAUGUAAUUUUAUAAUUGUUCAUUGCUUUUUUUUUUUUUUUUUUUUUCUUCUCCUUUGUAAGCAACAUGUUAGAGAGGAUCACAACAGCAUUUGUGUGGCAGUUGAAUUUAAUAGCUCUCAAGACGUCGGGAUUUUUUAAAGAAAAAAGUGGAAUUUGUAAACGGUUGACUGUGCAGGGUUUUUUCUUUUUUCUCUCUCUCUUCUUGCUCUGUGGAGUGGGUUUUGUGUUUCAAAGGGAAUAUAAGUGAGUAAUAUGAAGUUAAUAUUCUGUUUUUGUUCUUUUUCUGUAUGGGUUGUAAUAAAAUAUUGCAGUACUUUGUAUGAAAACAGACUAUAGUUAAUUGUAACUAUUUAUAAAUUAAAUUAUUGUACUUUUUUGCAAUCUGUAGAUAAGCACUAUGUAUUCCUAUACAGUAUCGGCUGUGGAUUUUAAAUGUGAUUCUCCGAGGUGUCUAAGUUAUUGAUGUAUAUAUUGUAUGUUGAUACAGCUUCCUUUAUUUUCUAUAAGACCAAUAAAACGUUUUGGAAAAGGA